GGAAACAGUUGUCGUCUUGUUUGCUGAUUAGUUCUGUAAUAAAAAAAUUUGCCGGCGGAGGAGGGGAAGCGAUAACGAUUCUUCCUAUGGAUCCCACUUCUUCGUCUUCUUCAUCUCUUAGAUGGAGAAUCCUUCGCAAAGCUCUGAUCAAUAGAUCUGAUUCUCAAUCUCAAGCUGAGAUCAAGCGGGUUUCAAGGAAAGCAACUCAAGGUUUUAACUUGAUUCCCUGUCAGUUGGUGGCUUCUGCUUUGGAAGAUUCUCGGGAAGCAUGCGUUUGCUACACAAUUCCCAUUCCUCCUUCUCCCAAACUCUAUCUUACACAAAGAGUGGAUAAUUGCAGUGAUCUCAAUGACUUUGAGAUAUCUAAUCGACACAACAUUGAUAACACAGGACUUGUCUGUCAGUGGCCCUCAGAAGAAGUUCUAGCUUACUUUUGCAUGUCUCAGCCAGAUCGCUUCAGAGGUAAAAGAGUCAUUGAGCUUGGAUCCGGGUACGGUUUAGCCGGUUUAGUUAUUGCUGCUACAACUGAAGCAUCAGAAGUGGUCAUCUCAGAUGGAAACCCCCAAGUAGUCAAUUAUAUUAAGCGUAACAUAGAGUCCAACUCCAUGGCGUUUAGCAACAACAGAAGCGUAAAAGCCAUGGAGUUUCACUGGAACCAGCAUCAACUCUCAGAGUUGACCAACACGUUUGACAUCAUAGUUGCGAGCGAUUGUACCUUCUUCAAGGAGUUUCAUAAGGACCUUGCAAGUAUCAUCAAGGUGCUGCUCAAAGCCAACGAACCCUCUGAAGCACUAUUCUUCAGUCCUAAGAGAGGUGACUCUUUAGACAAGUUCCUCAAGGAGAUUGAAGACAUUGGUUUACACUACGUCUUAACUGAAAAAUACGAUGACCAAGUUUGGAAGCGCCAUGAGACGCUUGUGAAAGGAGACGAUGAAUCUUGGCCUAGUUAUGACAAGAGCCACUGUUACCCUUUACUUAUUCAAAUUACUAAUUAUCAUAAAUAGUCAAAGACUGUUUGUUUCAUCUUUGGCUUUGUUUAACAUUCUGUGUGUUUUCUUCAGGGGAUAUGAUAUUUAAGUGGGUGGAUUUGAAAGUUGAAACCU